AAUUAGUGGAGGUAACCUAAAAUCUUUGGGUUGGCAACAGAACCAAACAAAUUAUUUUUUGUAGGUUAUGUGAAGUGCCUACAAAGAAAUUGUUUUUGUCUUUUAAAUAGUAUUUGUGGUGUUUUAAUCUUUGUAACAAAUCCAAGCCCUCAAGAUGCCACGAAUUAUGAUAAAGGGUGGCGUUUGGCGCAAUACCGAGGAUGAAAUCCUUAAAGCGGCUGUAAUGAAAUAUGGCAAAAACCAGUGGUCUCGAAUUGCUUCAUUACUACAUAGAAAAUCCGCUAAACAGUGUAAAGCACGUUGGUUUGAGUGGUUAGAUCCUAGCAUCAAAAAAACUGAAUGGUCACGAGAGGAAGAUGAAAAAUUGUUACAUUUGGCUAAACUUAUGCCAACUCAAUGGAGAACUAUAGCCCCAAUAAUUGGCAGAACUGCAGCCCAGUGUUUAGAAAGAUAUGAAUAUUUGCUUGAUCAAGCUCAAAAAAAGGAAGAGGGUGAAGAUGGAGCUGACGAUCCCAGGAAACUUAAACCUGGUGAAAUUGAUCCAAAUCCAGAAACCAAACCUGCCAGACCUGAUCCCAAAGACAUGGACGAAGAUGAACUUGAGAUGUUGUCUGAAGCUAGAGCCAGGUUAGCCAACACUCAAGGUAAAAAAGCGAAAAGAAAGGCCAGAGAAAAGCAACUUGAGGAAGCCAGAAGGUUGGCAGCACUGCAGAAACGUAGAGAAUUAAGGGCGGCCGGUAUCGAGGUCAAUUCUCGAAGAAAAAAGAAAAGAGGUGUGGAUUAUAAUGCAGAGAUACCCUUUGAAAAACGCCCGGCCAUUGGAUUUUAUGAUACUUCUUCAGAAGCUUUGGAUCCAAUGGCCCCAGAUUUCUCCAAAAUGAGACAGCAACAUCUUGAUGGAGAGUUAAGAAGUGAACAAGAAGAAAGAGAACGUAAAAAGGACAAGGCAAAACUUAAACAGAGAAAAGAAAACGACAUCCCGCAGGCUAUGUUACAAAAUCAAGAACCCGCCAAGAAAAGGUCGAAAUUAGUUUUACCCGAACCGCAAAUUUCCGACCAGGAACUGCACCAAGUGGUCAAAUUGGGUCGUGCUAGCGAGGUCGCAAAAGAGGUAGCUGCCGAAAGUGGCGUGGAAACCACAGAUGCCCUAUUAAACGACUACACAGUAACCCCACAAGCUGCAGCUACUCCAAGGACACCAGCCCCACAGACAGACAGAAUUCUUCAAGAAGCCCAGAACAUGAUGGCGCUUACUCACGUAGACACUCCACUAAAAGGUGGUCUAAACACCCCCCUUCACAACCCCGAUUUUAGUGGUUCAUUACCUCAAGCUCUGGCCGUUGCCACGCCCAACACAGUCCUGGCCACGCCCUUCCGGUCGACGAGAAGCGACGGUGGUGCCACUCCCGGAAGUACAGGCUUCAUGACGCCAAAGAGCGGAGCCGUGGUACCUGUUGGGGGAACCAUACCAGGCAAUUUCACUCCCUCAGUAAGAGAUAAGCUCAACAUAAACGCUGAAGAAGGUAUUGAAGUUGGCGGAACUCCCGCUAAGAAUAGAAUGUUCCAGACAUCUUUAAAAGAACAAUUAAAAAUGGGUCUUAGCAGUUUACCACAACCGAAAAAUGACUACGAAAUUGUUGUUCCUGAACAGGAAGACGAAAAAAUGCCUGAACAUGCUCAGGAGCAUAUGGUCGAAGAUCAAGCAGACGUUGAUCAACGUUACCAAGAAGAACUAAAAGCGAAGGCAGAACGCGAAUUGGCCCUGCGUUCGCAAGUCAUCCAGAGAGAAUUUCCCAGACCGCACGACGUUAACUUGGCAGUGUUGCGGCCGCCGCACGAGUCCUACUCUCUAACGGACCUCCAGAAGGCCGAGGAACUAAUCAAAACCGAAAUGGUCACCAUGCUGCACUACGACAACCUAAAAAACCCGAUACCGACCACGACCACCAAGCGAUCAAACUUAUCGCAAGCGCAGCAACUGGCGUUCCUCGAGCAACAUCCAUACGAAAAUUAUAAGCCCGAGGAUUUGGACGUUGCCAAGGUUCUGCUUAAGCGAGAAAUGGACGUCGUGAAGCACGGCAUGAACCACGGGGAGCUUCCGUUGGAUGCCUACACCCAGGUGUGGGAAGAGUGCCUUGGGCAAGUGUUGUUCUUACCAAAUCAGAAUAGGUACACUCGUGCAAAUUUGGCAAGCAAAAAAGACAGGCUUGAAUCGGCAGAAAAAAGAUUGGAGCAAAAUCGAUCACACAUGGCUAAAGAAGCAAAAAAAGCCGCUAAAAUGGAGAAAAAACUUAAGAUCUUAACUGGUGGUUAUCAGUCCAGAGCUCAGGUCUUAAUAAAACAGUUGCAUGAUCUUUUUGAUAACAUAGAUCAAGCAAAUUUGGAGCUAAAUACAUUUAAGUUUUUGCAAGAACAAGAAAAGAGUGCUUUGCCCAGAAGGAUACAGUCUCUAACUGAGGAUGUAAAUAGACAAAUGGAAAGAGAAAAAGCCCUCCAACAUAAAUAUGGGGAACUACAGUUUCAAAUGAAAGAAAUUCAAGAUCAAUACUCUCAAAUUCAUUUAGAAGUUAAUGGAAUUCAAGAAAAUCAAGAAAAUAGGGUUGAAGAAAGUACAGAAGUUGAAUAAAUUAUAAGUUGAAUAAAUUAUAAG